CGAAAAUGCAGAGGAAAAGCUUCUUCAAAAGCCUCCUCAUUUCGCAUGAUUUGGAUGCAUUUUGUCACAGUUAACAUUUCUUUGAAAUGCCAAUGCAAAUAAAGCUCUGAACACUUCCGUAAACACACAAAUGCCUUAUAUAUUUCCUCACUGGUAGCCCGUAGUCAUUAAGUUAAGGUCAGUAACCUGGAAAUCUCAUCUUAUCAACAUCAGGGCUGCGGGUGAUCGAGUAAUUUGCUGUCAUGGCUGAGUUCCAGAUUCGUCGCUACCGUAAGGAAGAUCAUGAAGAAGUAAAGGAGGUUUUUACUAUUGGGAUGAGUGAGCACAUCCCAUCGUCCUGCAUGCACAUUCUCAAACAGCCCCUAGCACAGAUGUUGUUGGGAUGUGUGUUUUGCGCUUUGCUGACCAGUUCCAUGUCCAUCCUGUUACCUGUACUAGCAGUCACGCUGAUUUUGGCCGCAGGCAGGCAGGGUGUGACUUACAUGUUUAACAGGUACAUCCAGACCUGCCUUGAGCAAGAUCUCAAUCACAUUCAGGAGACCUACCUGGACCCACCAAACACCUGCUUCUGGGUGGCUGAGAGCCAAGGUCGUGUUGUGGGUACAGUAGCUUGUUUGCCUGCAGAAAAAGACCCGAGCUUCCUGGAACUGAAGCGGCUGUCGGUUAAAAAGACUCAUCGUGGACAAGGCAUCGCUAAAGCGCUGUGCCGUGUGGUGGCCGACUUUGCUCUUGAACGUGGUUUUCAAGGGGUGCUGCUGCUCACUUCGGUGAUCCAGACAGAUGCACAGAAGCUCUAUGAGCACAUGGGCUACAUGAAGGUCAGCGAAUUUAGUGCUCCGGAUGUGAUCGCCAAGCUGAUUAAUUUCACAUUGUUGGAGUAUCAGCUCAUCCUCAAACUACAUCGGAACUAAGGUUGAGAUCUUCAACUUCAGCAAGACUGCCAAGGCUUUUUAACACUGACUUAGAUUACUAAUAAAGCACCGCUACUAUUAAAUUUAAAUAAUCAACCUUGGAGAAAAGGGAACAGUUGUUUUAUAAAGAAAAAAUGUUCAGAUAAGAAAAA